GCCCCGGAGGCCGGCGGGGGAGUCGGCUGGCUGGCUCGCACGCUGGCUGGCGGGGAACAUCAUGGCUGAAGUCGGCGAGGACGGGCGCGGCGGCGGCGGCGGGGCCGGAGCCUUGGUGGCGCUGCGCUCGGCGCCCUGCAGCCCCGCCGCGCCCCAGCCGCUGCCUCCGCCGUUGCUGCUGCCGCUCGUCCCCGCGGCUUCUUCAUCUUCCUCCGUCUCUUCUUCCUCCUCCUCCUCCACCACCACCACCGGCGGGGCGCCGCUGGCCCGGCUGCAGGGCCGCGACUUCGAGUUCCUGAUGCGCCAGGCGGCGGUCAGCAUCGGGCGCAACUCCUCGCAGGGCGCGGUGGACGUGCACAUGGGCCACUCCAGCUUCAUCUCCCGCCGCCACCUGGAGCUGGCCUUCCGCGCGCCCCACUUCUUCCUCCGCUGCCUCGGCAAGAACGGCGUCUUCGUCGACGGAGCCUUCCAGCGGAGGGGAGGGCCGCCCCUCCAGCUGCCCCCGCAGUGUGUUAUCCGGUUUCCCAGCACAGUCAUCAAAAUCCAAUUCACGUCCCUCUACCAUAGAGAGGAGGCGAGAGAGGACACGGCAUCUCCUCCACUCCGGCCACUCUACCCACAGAUCUCGCCGCUUAAGAUCCACAUUCCGGAGCCGGAUCUACAGAAUAUGGUCAGCCCCCUCCCUUCUCCCACUGGCACCAUCAGUGUCCCUAAUUCCUGCCCGGCUAGUCCUCGAGGUGCUGGUUCCUCAGGUUAUCGCUUUACCCACAACGUUACCUCUGACCUCCAACUGGCUGCCGAAUACGCAGCGAAAGCUACUUUGGAGCAGCAGACGGAUGCCUCCGGUGGAGACAGCCCAAAGGAUGAAUCCAAGCCACCGUAUUCCUACGCCCAGCUUAUUGUUCAAGCUAUCUCGUCAGCUCAGGACAAGCAACUAACACUAAGUGGCAUCUAUGCUCAUAUUACAAAGCAUUAUCCGUAUUACAGAACAGCAGAUAAAGGUUGGCAGAAUUCCAUUCGGCACAACCUGUCCUUGAACCGAUACUUUAUUAAAGUCCCCCGUUCUCAAGAAGAGCCGGGAAAAGGCUCUUUUUGGCGGAUAGACCCUCCCUCGGAAGGCAAGCUAGUGGAGCAGGCAUUCCGCAAACGGAGGCAAAGGGGGGUGUCCUGCUUCCGAACCCCGUUUGGACCUCUCUCUUCCCGGAGCGCACCCCCAUCCCCUACUCACCCCGGCCUGCUUUCUCCCCACACGAGUGGCCUACAGACUCCAGAGUGUGUGUCGAGGGAAGGCUCCCCGAUUCCUCAUGACCACGACUUUGGAUCCAAGCUUGCUUCUGUCCCCGAGUAUCGAUAUUCACAAAGUGCUCCUGGAUCCCCCGUAAGUGCCCAGCCGGUGAUCAUGGCAGUUCCUCCCAGGCCUUCUGCGCUGGUGGCCAAGCCAGUCGCUUACCUGCCCGCCUCCAUCAUGACCUCUCAGCAGCCUUCGGGACACGCGGUUCACGUCGUUCAGCAAGCCCCCACUGUUACAAUGGUCCGAGUGGUGACGACUUCGGCAAGCUCAGCAAAUGGCUACAUCCUGACCAACCAGGGGCCAGCUGGGAGCACCCACGACGCGGCAGGGGCCGUCCUGGACUUGGCUGGGUUGGACGAGAAGCCCACCAUCGCCUUUGCUGCCAUACCGACCGCCAGUCGUGUCAUCCAGACGGUGGCCAGCCAAAUGGGUCAGGGCAUCCCCGGACAGACGGUCACCAUCCUGCAGCCGGCCACUCCCAUGGCCCUCGGACAGCACCAGUUACCUGUCCGCACGGUGACCCAAAACGGAAAGCAUGCCAUUCCCACAAACAGCUUAAGCGGUGGGACUUACGCCCUCUCCAACCCCUUGCAAGUACUUGCAGCUCAAGCUAGUUCCUCCACCCCCGUGGUCAUCAGCCAGUCAAGAGAAGCCGGGGUGAAAGAUUCUGAUGAGCAUUUGAGAGAACCCGAUAUCAAACGACCCCGAAUCGAAGACCCUAGAGCGGUCGCGGCCUUGCAAACUGGUGUCAUCACCUCCACAGCCCCUUCGGGACAAUCCGCCGGAGAAUGAGGCCGCGGGAAGUUAAGAAAGGCACCCGAGGCGCCGUGGGAGAAAAAUCCCUUUUUUUUUUCUCUCCCCUUCCCCACCCCAGCAGAAAUCUUUUCUUUUCUGCAGCUAUUAACACCUGGAUCAUUUCAGUGGUUGUUUUUUUUUUCCCCUUUUUUUUUUUUUUUUUUUUUUAAUCAACUUUUGAACAUUUGGAAGGACGGGCCAGCGUUUGUCAAGAUUGUCGAGGUGCCAAAUGAAUUGGGCAAAAAAAAUUUCAAUCUUUCUGGACCCAAGGAAUGAAUUUGCUCCUGUUUUUCACUUCAGAGAUGUCCUCUUUUCUUUCUUUUUUUCUUUCUUUCGAGAUUUAAAAAAAAAAAGAGACACAGACCGUUUUGAUUGUUUGGGAUAUUUUUCUCUCUCGCUCCUCGCCUUCCUUAAUUUUCAUCCCUUCCUUGUUUUUCCUUUUACGCAUGGUAGUUUAUGUGCGAGCGUACUUAAAUGGCAGGACGGAGGCACGAACUUCAGGUGGGAACGUCUGACCUCAAAAACAGGUUUAUUAUUAUUUUUUUCCCCCACUCUCCGAGGAAGAGAAGUGCAUCCAUUUUGUAUCUCAGAACUCCAAUUUAUGAAAAAUUAUUUGCAAAAAAAAAAGAAAAAAAAGAAAGAAAGAAAAAUUACUUGCAAAGCAAUAUCAUACUUCGGUAACUGCCACCUAAAACGGCAGAUAUGUGUUUAUAUUUCCUUUGUAUUACCUACCUGCAGCCCAGUUCACCUUCUGACAAUGGGGAGUCACGCCCCUACCCAAAAUCUUGAUCCCAGAGCACAGUAAAAUUAGUUUAUCCCACUUAGAUGGCUUCCUAAUGAAUUUGAAGCCUAAACUUCCCAGAAUUCUCAGCCUAUUGGACAGAUGGCGGGAUUCUGGGAAUUGCAGUCCCAGCCUACCUCAUUGGGAUGGCUGACCUAGACAGCACUUGGCUCCACAGGUGCCUUUUGGAGAAAGAGAUAAAAGUUUAUUUCAAUCAUUGUCUGUUGAAUGAAAAGAGCCAAUUGUGAUAAAAAAAAAAGGUCCGAAAUUUGUGGAUCUUUUUAAGAAUUGUCACACCUGCAGGCUUGUAAAAGAACCACGUGGGUUCCUUAAUUUCAUUCCUGUUGAUUUUUGACAGAGAAGGAAUAGAAUUUUUUUAACAUUUUUAACCUUUAAGGACAGUUUCCCGGAGCACUCUUGUUAUGUUACGGUCCGAGCGUUGGACUUUCGUCUAGAGAGACACCAGGUUUAAAAAGCAUGAAACUUCCCUGGGUAAAACCUUGGACCAGCCGUUGUUUUGUUUCAGCCUAAACCUACCUCACAGGGUUGUUGUGAGGACAAAGGGGAGGGGUGAGGAGAGCUAUGUAUGCCACCUUGAGCUUGGAGGAAAGGCAGAAUAAAAAAAAAAAAAAAAGAACCGUAAUAAAUCAGUAACCAUCAACGUG